AUGAAGCGCAACAAAGAAAUCAAAAUGGCAUCGUCAUUCGGAGCAAGUUUACACAGUGGAUACAAUCACCCUGCUACAAGGAGCUGGCAAAGCACGAACACGGAAAUUACCAGCAGUAAUUUAAUCUACCCUCUCUUUAUUUCGUAAGUACAAUGAAAUCGUGUCCAUUUAUUUAAUAAAAUUCACGUACAGGCCAAUCGAGGCAAGACAGCACAUGCACAAUGCAUGACAAUGCAAAAUCACGCUCUGUCACGAAAAGUCGUGUAGACGGAGGAGGUAUGGAAAUUCCUUGGGCAUGCCAGAUAUAUACUUAGAGAUCAGCCGUUAGUAAUAUUAUUAUGUAUAUUGCGUACCAAAAGUUGGAAGUAUAGUAAUUGCACAACUGCAAUAAUAAAUUUACAAUGAAACUUACUGUUCUUAUAGAGACGAUGCUGACGCACAUGAAGCAAUCUCAAGUCUUCCCGGGCAAUUUAGGUAUCUGAUAUAUUUUUACUUCAUUCACUUUCUCCGCGUUUUAAGAAAUUAUUCCCAACUUUUCGUUCAUUAUGGCUUCCAAGUGGUGAUGGCUCGGAUGAUCAGGGCAACCCCAUCCCACAUAUUGACGUAAAUAAAUUGUUUGAUUGAUUGAUUGAUUGAGUUGGAGAGAAUUCCAGUUCAUUUUUUCUUAGUGUGAAAUAAAGAAAGAUUAAAGAUUCCUCCUUCUUCCAGCCCAUCAUGAAUAUUUUUGAAGUGCUUACAGCGUAGGAUCUGGCCACAUUGGUGGUAAUAGAUUUCAGCCCAGACUGAAACUGGUAAACCAAAGCAUUAUUCAGCGAGGUUUUUCAAACCAAUACGUACUGAUAGUUUGUGUGAAUGAGGUAUCGACAUGGUCUGAUGAUUCUGAGGUCAUCAAAACAUUUUUUCUCUAUACAAAAAAUGACCAGAAUUUGUUCAUGCUCUCAACCCUGAAUUGCUCAAAAUAGCCAUACCCUCUGGUAAGCAUGUACAUCUGGCCCCAGUUGUUCAAAAGCUGGAUAGCGCUAUCCACCGAAUAAAUCUGUAUCCAGUGGAUAACUAUUAGGGAAACCAAUUACGCUAUCCACUGGAUAGUGAUUUAUACGGUGGAUAGAGCUAUCCACCUUUCGAACAACUGGGGUAGCUUAUGGAAGAACAUUCUCCCUGGGCAUAGUUUGAGCUAGCCUUAAAAUACCACUACUGGUUUCCUUCCAGAAAUUGAGUAAUUUUAAUUUUCAGUGGACAAAAACCUUCUAACAGAAUAAUGUAAACAAUAUUGCAUUCUUUAAAAUUUUUCAAGGGCUAUAGAUGUAAUUAGUUAUCUGUAUUUAACAACAAAGAAAAUUUAUUUUGAGAGUCCAGAAAACUAAAUGUCAUAUUUCACAAAAUGACUUCUUACACAUGAAUUUUUUAGAAUUUUACCUGUGUUUUCACAAUUCUUGUGAAAUUUGACUUUCAUUUUCUCGUGCUCCAGGGGGGAAUAGUCUUUGGUGUUAUUACAGAUAUUAUUAUAUCUAUAGCCCUUGAAAAAAAUGUGAAAAAGAAUGCAAUAUUGUUUAAAUUAUUCUGGUACAAGGUUUUUGUCCACUGAAAAUUGAAAUUACUCAAUUUCCUGAUGGAUUCUGACUUAAAUUCAUGUUUUAAAACAUGGCUUUUUUGUUGCUGAAAGAAUAUAAGUUCUCACAGACCAUGUUAGUUUUAAAUGCAUUUCCAGCCAUUUCAGAGGACUUCAAUUUAAAAAUUUUCCGGGGGAGAAUAUCCCCAGACCCCCCUAGUUGACUCAUGCUCACGCAUUCGAAGUAGGCCUCCUUAUUGCAAACUUUCUGCUCAGGCCCCGGUACUGCUUCUUAUAUUGUUUGAAACAGAUUUCCCUAGUGGAACAAUCAAACAGACGCUCUACCCAGAUCUAGGUGGUGACACAUGAUCAGUGUGGAAUUCAUUUUCUGUGAGUUUUUGUCAGAUGUCAUUGUGCGCGGAAGUCAGUGAUGGGGUCAUGAAAUAUAUUUGUUAGCUCAGGCUUGGGUUUGAGCUGGGAUUUUCCCAAUUGAUGUUUUCAAGUUUUUGAGCUUCGCAAAUUUCCACUAUUGUUGUUCAUAUCCACCUCCUCUUUGGCUGUCAAAGUUGUCAGAUAUCCUAUCACUUAAUAGAUAAUUAGAUGGUUUGGAAAACCUUGUUAUGUUCUGACACUAAUCCUAAUAACAGUUAAUAAAUGUGAGUUUCAAUUUUUGAUUUCAGAAUAGGUGUUAACAACAUAGAGAAGGUAGUUUCACCAGUGGUAGAGAAAGGGCUCAAAUCUGUGUUAUUAUUUGGAGUUGUCACAAAACUAGACAAGGUACAUUGCUGCUUAAAGGAGCUGUGUCACGAAAUUCAGACAAAUUAGGUAAUUACAAAAUGCCCGUUAAAUUAAGAGAAACAUAAAAAUAACCGCUGAAAACAUUAAAGGAAGUUUAAAAAUAACACAACAGAAACAGCAGAUUCGGACGGAUGGGCAAAACUGAAGAAGAUUGAAAUGGAUUGAAAUUAGGGUUUUUGAAAAACUGUUCAGCCUAACUGUUUUUCAAAGUUGAUCCCUGCUGCUUGCAACUUCAAAAAUAAUGCUCAGGAGACAUAUUUGUUUGUCGCGGAUCUCUGAUUUUGUCAUUUACAUGUAAUGUCUUUGCUUAUACUUUAAGUUCCAUAGCAAUUGAGGGCAAGUAAUUGGUAAAUUAAACAAAAUAAACUGGACUGCCAUGACACAGCCCCUUUAAUUGUUAUUCUUGUAGAAACCUGCUCCUGGAAUGAAACUUAAAUUAUUUCUUUCAUAGCUGCACAAGUAACAUUAAGGGUUAUCUAUCUCCUUCAGAGUGAGACUGGUCAUAACGCAGACAGUGAUGUAUGUCCUGUUAUCCUAGCCACAAAAAAGCUGCAUUCAUUGUACGCUGAUCUACUUAUCUGUUGUGAUGUGUGUCUCUGUCCAUACACAAAUCAUGGCCAUUGUGGUAUGUUCACAGGAGAUGUUUUCAAUAUAACUUCAUAUUGCCUUUUAUUUUAAAGGAAAAGUGAUAUUUUCUGCAAAGUUUUCAAGGUUGAUUCUUCCUUAUUUUAUAUUUUCACCAGGCAUUCUUAACAAAGACGGAUCUAUCAACAAUCCAGAAAGUAUCAAGAGACUUGCUGAAGUAUCUUUGGCUUAUGCCAAAGCAGGUAUGAAGAUUUUGCAAGACACUUAAUUACUUUUUGUGGUUAACAUAUUUAUUCCAUGUCAUUUUCUGAAACUCUUUAUCUUCUGUAAGUCUUUUAAGCAUUUUUCUUUGCUUCCCAUACAAUCUUUAAUCAUUGUUUCAUAUAAAAUUAAAUAUUUCCAGCGCAUAAAUUGACUGGCCCACCAAGAUUAGCUCUAGCUACCUUCAGGCCAGUGCACACUUGUAAAACUCAAUAAGGGAAAUAAAAUGUUUUUGUUGUUGCUGUUUUUGUUUGUUAUAAGCAGAAUGCAGCAUCUAGACUAGUAACCAGAAGGGCAUUGGUUCCACUCCUAUUACGAUUACUCACAUUUUUUUCUUCCGAGCCAUCUGCAGCAUUGACUGAAAAACAUCUUUCUUAUGUCCUGUUUGUUUUACUGUACACUGUAGGUUGCCAUGUAAUAGCACCAUCUGACAUGAUGGACAAUAGAAUAGCUUCCAUAAAAGACCUUUUACAUAAGAAUGGCUUUGGAGGCAAGGUAUGUUUGUCAGUAGCAUCCUUUACCUAGAACCAAAGUCUUCAAGUUAUUCAAAUUAUUUUUUUCAGCCAGCCAUUUUAAGAAGGGUCAGAUUACCAAUAUUGUUGUUUUAGAAUAGCAUGUUGCAUAAGGCAAUUUAUCAGCUUGAGCCUCUACUAACUCGAACACUGAAAGGGAGACGAAAAACAGUUCUAGUUAGUAAGGAAUUCGAGUUAUUGGGGUAAAUUUCAGUGAAAUUUUGAUCAAGGGAAAGGAAAGUUAGUUCAAGUUACCAGGGAAUUCGAGUUAUCUGUGUCCGAAUUGUCGAGGCUCUACUUUACGAUUAACACUGCUUAGUGCUAUUGUAACAUUGCCAAGAGGUUAUUCUAUUUUGUUGUAAAUCACUGGUCAGUAAAUUGUUUUGGUUUCAUAGGUUGCAGUAAUGAGCUACAGUGCAAAGUUUGCCUCCAGUUUUUAUGGUCCUUUUAGGUAGGUUACAAAAUGUAUAUAUUAUUAAUCAAUAAGUAUUAUCAUGUAAUAAUACUAUUAUUAUUAAAUGAAUGGGGAAACAAGCUGCACAGAAUGUGCCUAAUAUUAUGUUGCAGGAUUUGAAUGAGGCCGUUUUUCAGCUUCUGUGCUCUUCCCAUAGAAAUGAAUAUCCAUUUAUGCAACUUUCAUCAGUCACCAUACAAUCCCACAUACACAGACUUAGUAUCAUCUGAAAAAAGAGUUCCACUUCCUUCUAUCAUCUCACCUGUAACUAUCUAUCGUCUUGACAUUUUAAUGACUGUUAAAGCAGUCAUUUUCAUUUCCACAGUUACUGUAGUAUAGCUAGGAUAGUCAGUAACUAUAAAGAACAUGUUUAUACUAUAAAAAAGUAGGCAUAACCUGUUUUGAAUUAUUGUCUUGUUGUGUUUGUGUUGUUACCAUAAUAAUCAAGUCUCAGUACGUACUCAGUUUCAUACACUGUAGUUCUGGUUACUUCUAGAGAUGCGGCUAAGAGUGCACCAGCCUUUGGUGACAGAAGAUGCUAUCAGCUGCCUCCAGGAGCUAAGGGCCUUGCAGCUAGAGCUGUGGUAAGUUCUAGUAGGUAAUUGCAUUUAAAGUAUCUACACAAACACGUCAUUCAACCACCCCAUCCAAUCCCCCAGUUAUCCUAACAGUAUACAGGACACAUCUAUGCGAAACUUGUACUGUAAAUAACCAAACUCAUCAGGAGUUCUCAGUAACCAGUACUAAGUGGCCAAAGAUCUUAAUGGUGUACAGAAAGUCAUAGGUUCAGCUUCCUUCAGGACACAGCUUAUUUGUUUCUCUUUCACUUGUGACAAGCUGAAUAGUCCAUCCUUUUGUUUCAUGAUCAAGCUCAAGGUUUACAUCCUUCUGUCUUGUUUUACUCAUAUUUUAUUGGUCAAUCAAUUUCUGUUAAUCCGUAUCAAGUUUCAAGCAUUGUUGGAGAUUUGAUUUUCUUCAACUUACAUAAAGCAUAGCCUCGACGUUCUUGUUACCAGAAGCAUAUCACCCCUUAAAUGCUUCUGCUUGUUACCAAUAUGGUUGUUUAGGAGCGGGAUGUUCAAGAAGGUGCAGAUAUGGUCAUGGUGAAACCUGGGAUGGCAUAUCUUGACAUCGUGAGGCAGACGAAAGAUAAGGUACCAUGAAGCUUCUAUAUUAUUGAUUGCCAAUGAGAACUGUUUCCUUCAGAGAUCCCAGGGGUUUUGAUAACUUUGUCAUCAACUUUACUAUCAUCAUCAGUGGUUCAAGAUUAAUGCCAAUUUUUAGUGACUGGGUUCCCUCUAAAUACAGUGUAUAAUUAUGGAAACCUAAAUUUCUGAGGAGUUGGAGUCCUAAAAGAAAACGUAGUGUCAUACAACCCAGCUGUGAACACCUCAGAUAUUUGAAAAAUGUUUAUUGCACUAUGAAAAAUUACAACAAAGGUCAGGACACACAAACUACCAUCAAAACCACAAGCUAAUUAACGUUGUUGCUUGUGGUUUAGUCUUCCCACAUGUGAUUGGCUUUUUCCUUGUAACACAAUAACAUUCCACAGAUAUUACUGGUGUUUAUGGUUGUUUGUUUCACUGGGUAACACGUGUUUAGUUGCUAUUGAAAACUAUUCCUUUAGAAGACCUUUCUUGUAUUCUUGCAGACGACAUCACCAACUCAAAUCUUGGGUUGAGAAUGUACUGUGAAUUUUGCUCAACCCUAUUUCAUUGCGUUUGCUCGCUAGAGUAGAAUACGGGAAAGGUCUUUUGGGUCUUCAGAUUGAGGUCUUUUGUUUAGUUACUUUUUUGUUUGUUUUGAUGUGCAGUAUUAUUAUUUGUAUCUAUUAUCAUAUUAAUAAUUAUAUUAUAUUAUAUUCAAAAUUAUUAUUUUCUUUUUUAACUUCCAUUUCUCUAUAGUUUCCUGAUAUACCUCUAGCAAUCUAUCAGGUGUGUAGACAGUACUUUUAUAGGUCAUUAAUAACAUUAACAAUGGCCAGUCCUUUCUAUACAUUGUAGGUCAGGCCCCAGUUGUUCAAAAGUUGGAUAGCGCUAUCCACUGGAUAAAUCACUAUCCCACGGAUAAGUGUUAGGGAAACCAAUUGCGCUAUCCAGUGGAUUGUCUUAUCCACCUUUUGAACAACUGGGGCCAGAUGACCACAUAAAACUGAAUGGCUGCUACCAGUAUUAUUAUGUAUAAAACAUGGCAUUUUCAGUAACAAAUUAAAGUGAAGCUUUUGUGAUGCUCUAUGCACAAAGAUAAUUUUCUCUGACUCAAGGGCGAUAUCAGAAAUGAGAAUAUAGUAAGGUCUAUAGCCUGUGGGAAAUCACCUGAAUCCCCGUUUUUUAUAAACCCACUGUUAUGGACAAAAGAAGAUGGCAUGGGAAACAUUGAAGACAUCUGCAAGUAGUCCUCCAUUAAAGUACCCCUUACUUUUUACAUUCUAGACACCAUCCCCUCAGUAACACCCCUUUUGCCAACUAAAUUGAUAAACCUCCAUUACUUUUAUGUUUCACCUUUAACAUGGAUUUGCACGAGUGUAAAACUUGAUAUUGUUUUGAUGCAAGAUGAUUGAACUGUCGCAGGUUUCAGGGGAGUAUGCUAUGCUGUACCAUGGAAGCAAAGCUGGAGCAUUUGAUUUAAAAACAAUAGUGAUGGAAUGUCUUACAUCAAUGAGAAGAGCAGGUAAAUCUAUGUGCAAACGGACGCAACAACUCCCAAACAUUGUUGCACCAACAAUGUUGAAAGUCGUUGUGUACGUUUUGGCAGUGGUGUGCAAACGGAUGCAACAACUCCCAACAAUGUUGGGACCUGCAGUGCAUUGUGGAAAGGAUACAACCCAUAAGACUUUGCAAACCAUGUGUAAUGCGCGUGCGUGGCCCCAACAAUGUUGCAAGAGCUGUGCAAACAGAUCCAAAAGAAAUGUUGGGAGUUGUUGGCUGAAAAGUUUGACCAGUUUCAAACUUUGCGCAACAACAUGCAACAGAGUGUGCAAAGAGACGCAACAUGGAACAUCCAACAAUAUUGGGAGUUGUUGGCUAACAAUGUUUUGUCCGUUUGCACAUAGCCAAAGUCUUAAUAAAAAGAUGAUUCUAUUUUAUGCAAUAAAGGGUUUGAAGCAAAGGUAUCUGAGAGGGAUGAUUAGUGAGCUUUCCAUUGAGGAGGGGAAGAUUGUCUCAGCACUCCACAGAGUUCUGUCCUUCACUGGCUCUGCUCUCAUACAAUACAAACGGUAGAGCAGGGCCAAGGCCAUUUAAGAGAUUAAGAAUAGUGCCAAAAAUAAUAUACUUUUUUGGAAACAUCAAAAGUACCAUUACAUGGUGAAUACACCUUCAAAUGUGAUCUCUUUUUUUUACUUUUUAGGUGCAGAUAUCAUCAUCACCUAUUUUGUUCCUCAACUGCUGGACUGGUUAAGUGAAAACUGAGGAUCAGCUGGGCAAAUGGAAAACAGAUAAUGGUCAUGUCAGCUUGGCACCACAAGAUACACUCACAUAACUCACCUUUCUAACAUAAAAAAUUAGUAGUUAGGCUGUAAUAAUGAUAUUUGUAUAAGUAAUAGCCUGAUUUGUAGUGAUAUUUGGC